AUGCAGAGACCGGACGCAGAGAAGGCUCUCCUUAGUAAGGAUUACAUUAUGAAAUCUGCACUGACAGCUGAGGAGAAGCAGAUGUUACAAGCGGAACACACAGAACAAGUGCAGAGUUUAGAAAGUGCUAUCUCAAUAUAUUCUCAGGUAGAAGGUGAACAGGUACUGCAUUUGCAGAUGAUCAGAGAUCAGGAUAUCCUACCAUCCAAGGAACCAUUUACUUAUGAGAAACCAGCUGUAGAACAAGCAGGUGCCAGCCCUACUCUUUUACACACAGUAAUCCACAAUGAACAGAGAUCUGUAACUUGUGAGGAUACCACUGAGUUUGAAGCCAAGAGAGACACAAUGACCAUUCAGCCUCAAAAACAAGCCUCUACCCCAUUACAUCUUCAGUCAGUUCAUCCAGAAGGUGCCUUAACGAAAGAAGGCAUUUUUACCAUUGAAAAUCCAGACCAACAGACAGCAACACAGAAGCAGGAGAAAGCCAGAAAACAUGCAGCAACCUCAGAGGAAAAAAGGGAGCUUAGCGCAUAUUAUUCCAAAGAUCUUGAUGUGUUCAUGACAGGAGUUCAGUCAGAGCUUAGAACAGAACCCAGACCACAGAACAUUCUUCAGGUCCCUUCACAGCCCAUGCAGCUACCCAAAAAAACACAAUUUACUAGUGAUGUCAAACAGCACCAUGCAUUAAUCCAAAAGGAAGAUUGUUGGAACAUCAUGCAAGUGUGGCAGAUAGUCAAGCGUUAGAGGAGGGACAUACUGAGAGUUUGACAGCUGUUGACAAAUGUACAUGCAAAACCAAAAUAGAGCCUAAAGUACCAACUGAGCCCAUACAAAUAGAGGAGAAGGUGAUCGCAACUGAGAGUAGUGCACUUCUGGAAGCUACAGAGCAAGAUUUUGCCAUCCAUAUACAGGAAGGACAGUCUGUUAGACAGUCAAUAACGAUGGAUGAAAAGUGUAUAUUGAUCGGUGAAAUGUCCCAACAAAUAACCAAAUCAGAGUCGACAACAGUUAGUGUUAAAACUCAGCCCAAAAUGACUGUUUUCAUCUCAGAGUCUGGAGAAAGUCGAACUCUUCCAAAGGAGCUCACAUUUGUUAUUCAGAUUCCAAAACCAACAAGUUUGGACAUCAGACGUCAGUUGAAAGAGGCACUUCAGUCUGCUGUAGCUCUUGAUCAGCAACUUAUACUAGCAGAUGUUGUUGGAAGUUUAGAGGCUACUGAGGUAGAGGAAGUGAAGGUACGCAAGGAACCGAAGAAUGCAAUGUUCACUUAUCUUAUCACAACACCAGGUGCCCCUAUGGAAAUAACACUUGCUUUUGAAGGUCAAUACCCCCAGACUGCAGAUCUAAGGACUGAACUCCAGGCAGCUUUCUACUCAAUUGUCUAUCGCGAGCAGCAUGUUCUUACAUCUGACCAACCUGGCACAAUGCAAAUAGACAAGCUCCAAAGACUACAGGUUAGCGGUGCAGCCUCCAAAGAAAUGCUGUCAUCGGUAGUGGAGACUGUCAAAGUAGCAGAGAGUCUAGUUGAUUUCACAACACCUAAAGCUCAUGCUGCUGCACGAAAGACCGAAUCUCGGGAUACACUUGAAACCGCAACCGCUGAGGAACGUAGUGUGGAGCAAGAGGCCAAAGUAACUCAAUCCAAAUUGGGUGCUCAAGUAAUGAAAGUUACUACAGACUCACAUGCUGAGUUUGAACAGUCAGUACAGGUGGCUAGACAGGAGGUUAGAACUAUGACUGUAAAAGGUUAUGAGAGAGACGUAGGUAUGGCUGAUAUCACCACCGAUAUGCCCAUGACAUCCAUUCCAACUGAACAGUCUUUAGAUGUACUCAUCCAAACAGAACACAGGGAGGAAUUUAUUUCAGAAGAGGUCAGAAAAUAUGAGCCUCCAGAAAAGUUAAAAGAUUAUCCCGUUAUUGAAACCUUCCUGGAGGACAUUGCCACAGAGGAGCAUUGUAAGGUUACAUACAAUGUGACAGUAAAGUAUGUUACAAAAGCUAAUUGGAUUUUCAAUGGACAAAUAAUUAAAUCAGGCAAAGAGUUCAGGUGUUCAAAAGAACAAGACACAUACAUACUUACAAUCAUAAAAAUUGUCAAGGAGAAGCACGAAGGAUAAUAUUUAUUUGAGGCUGUGAAUGAAGCUGGAAAGACCACAACAUCAUCAAGACUCAGUUGUCUCAAAAUAUUGGAUAAUGAGGAUAGUUUUAUUGUUACUCAUCACCAUACACAUAAACUAACUGUAUCAUUCAUUACAUUUUUCUAAUGUAACAUUACAUUUUCUCUCAUCUUGGCAGCAAAGUCAUACUUUAUUUCAUAUAUUGAAAUGUGUAUAAUUGUCAGCAUGCAUUUACCAUACUUUCAAUCCACUACUAAUUCACCGUAGUAUUUUUCUAUAUCAUUCCCAGGUAUUUUCACUUUACAUGCUUAUAAAAAAAGUUCUCAUCACCCAUGAACUACUACAUUUCACUCUUGGUCAUUCUCCACUGGGCACUGAAAUGUUUUUGCAUGCUUUCAGGAGCAAAUUUGUCAUGGUUUCAUGGUGUCACUUUUCUCCUUACUCAUUCAUGAAGUCACUUUCCUCCUUCCUCCUCUAACCAUUCCACCAUUUCUUCACAGUCACUCCUGGAAUGCAUCCCACCAUACCGUUGCAUUCCACCAUCUCUGUUCCAGCUCUGUGCACUUGUCUACAUGUUCAUAUUUUGCAUCAUUAUCUACCUGUGUACUAAUUUACUUUUAUUUUUGUGCACAUUAUAGUGCCACCUGUUUUCAGGUACAAAAUUGUUCCCCUGGAGAUCAAUGUUGGCAGCGGAGCCAAGUUCGAAUGUGAAAUUGAAGAGGCAUCAAAUGUGAACUUCAAAUGGCUCAAGUCUGGCACUUCGAUCAAAGAGAGUGACAAUUGCCGCAUCCUCAGUCGGCAACUGACAUCUUCAUUGGAGCUCCUGAGCCCAACCAAAGCUGACAGUGGUGAAUACACUUGCAAGGCUACAAACCAGCAUGGCAGUGACACCUGUGCCACCAAACUGACAGUCACUGGUGAGUCCUUUGUUUCCUUUAACAUUAUUUAUGCAACUGUAUGUACAGUCUAUUGACGUUUUCUUUUCAGGUUGAAUGUUAUACAAAGAAUUGUAAUGUGCACCUGUUGUCUCAACCAUUGUAUAUUGUACCGGUUUCUAAUGUAAAUUAGGUAUCCAUAUCCUAUUACUUUUUUCCUAUCUUUAAUUACUUUUUAUAGAGAUGUACCCGCCUGUAUUUAGUACAAUGCCUGAUCCCAUGACUUUAUAUGUGGGCAAACAAGCAUCAUUCCAGUGUGUAGUUACUGGCUCUUCACCAAUGACUAUUGUCUGGCACAAAGACAAUAUUGCUGUUCCUUCUGGGGGGAACUAUCAGAUAACAUCUGGCAAGACCAAAUACUCCCUACAAAUCAAAGAUCUUCAGCUGACCGAUCAGGGUACUUACCUUUGCAAAGCAUCGAACAGUGUUGGCACUGCUACAUGCAGUUCAGAGUUGAGGGUUAUCAACAAACCCAGUUUCGUAAAGACCUUUGAGACCUCAGUGUCUUCAGCCAUUGGUAAUACACUGCGGCUCGAAGGUCAAGUGGAUGAGGACACUGGAGUGACCAUCACCUGGAUAAAGGAUGGCAAAAAGCUCCAUCAAACAAUGGACUGUAAACAAUAUUUUGAAGAAAAGGUUGUUCUUGAAAUUAUUAAGGCAAAACUGAAAGAUUCAGCGAAAUAUGUCUGUACAGCUUCAAAUGAUUCUGGGAAUUCAACUUGUUCUACCACGUUGACGGUACAAAGUAAAGGUCUUUAAGUUGAUAUCUUGUCGUAACGCAGUGUGUGUGCGACUACAGAUAUGCUUCCUAGGACCUCAUUUAGAAAAUACAACCGUUUAAAUAAAAAAGACUGAUCAUUCAGUUAUAUUUUAGCCCCUAAUACUAUGCAGCUACAAUAUCUUCUUAUGUUAUUUUUUAUCUUACACUCUUCUCUUUUGGUGGUUACUUAUUGAUUAUUGUUUGACAACAAAUUUGCUGUUUCGCAACCCAAUACUUAUUUCAGAAACCCCGAACUUUGUUAAGAAAAUGGAACCAAAGCUAAUGUGGAAGCAGGGCAUAGCUGCUCGGAUGCAGUGCACAGUCAAAGGAUCAGCAGAACUCAAAGCUACCUGGUUUCUGAAUGAAAACGAGCUCAGUGAUGGAGAUAAAUAUAAAAUCACUUUCAAGGCUGGUCUUGCAAUUUUGGAAAUAAUCUAUGUAAAUGUGUUAGAUAGUGGAAACUACACUUGUGAGGUGUCAAACGAAGCUGGUAGUGAGAGCUGCAGCACUGAGUUAUCUGUAAAAGGUUUGCCACCAUAACAUAUUUUAUUUGCUUACAAAUAUAUAAAUAUUUUUAUCACAAAUUACAGUUGUAUUAUUUUAUUUAAUCUGAUCUCUACUCUUAGAGCCCCCUUCCCUUCGAAAAGAAUUGCAAAUGGUCGAGGCAGUGAAGGGAACUCCUGCCAUACUUGAAUGUGAAAUUAAAGGAACAGCUCCAUUUGAAAUCACCUGGUUGAAGAAUAAGAAAACAGUCGUCGCCACAGAUAAAAAGUAUAAGAUCAUCUAUCAGGAAUCCAUUGCUCGUUUGGAGUUCUGCUCAUUUGAAAGUGCAGACGUUGGAGAUUACCAGUGCUGCAUAGCUAAUGAUGUUGGUAAAAUCACCACUAAGGCGCUGGCCAAACUAAAAGGUUAGUAUAGUUGGUAAAUAAAAAUCUCACAUUGUUUUGUCUAAAUACAGUUGAAGUCGGAAGUUUACAUACACUUAGGUUGGAGUCAUUAAAACUCGUUUUUCAACCAAUCAACAAAUUCCUUGUUAAGAAACUAUAGUUUUGGCAAGUCGGUUAGGACAUCUACUUUAUGCAUGACACAAGUAAUUUUUCCAACAAUUGUUUACAGACAGAUUAUUUCACUUAUAAUUCACUGUAUCACAAUUCCAGUGGGUCAGAAGUUUACAUACACUCAGCUAUACAGCUGAUGUCUGCUGGACUGUUCCUUUUUACAGUACCGCAUCCUGUUUAUGUUUAGCCUCAGCCCAAACUUUGUUGCCAUUACCAGCUGUUGUCUUAGCUCUCUCGAAUAACACCUGUGAUUGCUUUAUGCCUCUCUCCCAUGUCAAUAUGCCUUGCUUAUUGCUGUUUCGGUUAUUUAAUAUUGUACUAUUUCACUGUAGAUCCCCCAGCCCAGCUCAACCUACCUUAGAUAGCUCCUUUGUCCCACCCCUCAUACACGUGGAGACCGACUCAAUCGGUGCCUCCAGUGAUGCUAUCUCUUUCAUCGUUACCCAACGCUUAGGUUUACCUCCACUGUACUCAUAUCCUUCCAUAUCCUUGUCUGUACAUAAUUCCCUGAAUCUAUUCUACAACGCACGGAAACUGCCCCUUUUUUCUCUGUACUCAACGCACUAGAAGACCAGUACUUAAAGCCUUUAGCCGUAUCCUUAUUCUACUCCUCCUCUGUUCCUCUGGUGAUGUAGAGGUUAACCCAGGCCCUGUAGCCCCCAGUAUCACUCCUACUCCCCAGGUGUUGUCAUUUGUUGACUUCUGUAACCGUAAAAGCCUUGGCUUCUUGCACGUUAACAUCCGAAGCCUCCUCCCUAAGUUUGAGUUAUUCACUGCGUUAGCACACUCCGCCAACCCUGAUGUUCUAGCAGUGUCUGAAUCCUGGCUUAGGAAGGCCACCAAAAAUUCAGAAAUGUCCAUCCCCAACUACAACAUUUUCCGUCUCGAUAGAACUGCCAAAGGGGGUGGGGUUGCAAUCUACUGUAGAGAUAGCCUGCAGAGCCCCGAGCUGUGCCCUGGACACCAUAUGUGAACUGAUCGACCCCCCAUCUAUCCUCAGAGUUCGUACUGCUUGGUGACCUAAACUGGGAUAUGCUUAACACCCCGGCCAACCUACAAUCUAAACUGGAUGCCCUCAAUCUCACACAAAUGAUCAACGAACCUACCAGGUACAACCCCAAAUCUGUAAACAUGGGCACCCUCAUAGAUAUCAUCCUGACAAAUUUACCCUCUAAAUACACCUCCGCUGUCUUCAACCAGGAUCUCAGCGAUCACUGCCUUAUUGCCUGCGUCCGUAAUGGGUCCGCGGUCAAACGACCACCCCUCAUCACUGUCAAACGCUCCCUAAAACACUUUAGCGAGCAGGCCUUUCUAAUUGACCUGGCCCUGGUAUCCUGGAUGGAUAUUGACCUCAUUCCGUCAGUAGAGGAUGCCUGGUUGUUCUUUAAAAGUGCUUUCCUCUCAAUCUUAAAUAAGCAUGCCCCAUUCAAAAAAUUCAGAACUAAGAACAGAUAUAGCCCCUGGUUCUCCUCAGACUUGACUGCCCUUGACCAGCACAAAAACAUCCUGUGGCGUACUGCAUUAGCAUCGAACAGCCCCCGCGAUAUGCAACUUUUUAGGGAAGUCAGGAACCAAUAUACACAAUCAGUUAGGAAAGCAAAGGCUAGCUUUUUCAAACAGAAAUUUGCAUCCUGUAGCACUAACUCCAAAAAGUUUUGGGACACUGUAAAGUCCAUGGAAAAUAAGAGCACCUCCUCCCAACUGCCCACUGCACUGAGGCUAGGAAACACUGUCACCACAGAUAAAUCUACAAUAAUCGAGAAUUUCAACAAGCAUUUUGCUACGGCUGGCCAUGCUUUCCACCUGGCUACCACUACCCCGGCCACCAGCUCUGCAGCCUCCGCUUCUCCUUCACACAAAUUCAGACAGCUGAUGUUCUGAAAGAGCUGAAUAAUCUGGACCCCUACAAAUCAGCUGGGCUAGACAAUCUGGACCCUUUCUUUCUAAAAUUAGCCGCCGAAAUUGUCGCAACCCCUAUUACUAGCCUGUUCAACCUCUCUUUCGUAACGUCUGAGAUCCCCAGAGAUUGGAAAGCUGCCGCGGUCAUCCCCCUCUUCAAAGGGGGUGACACUCUAGAUCCAAACUGUUACAGACCUAUAUCCAUCCUGCCCUGCCUUUCGAAAGUAUUUGAAAGCCAAGUUAACAAACAGAUCACCGUCCAUUUCGAAUCCCACCGUACCUUCUCCGCUAUGCAAUCCGGUUUUCGAGCUGGUCAUGGGUGCACCUCAGCCACGCUCAAGGUCCUAAACGAUAUUAUAACCGCGAUCGAUAAAAGACAGUACUGCGCAGCCGUCUUCAUCGACCUGGCCAAAACUUUCGACUCUGUCAACCACCGCAUUCUUGUUGGCAGACUAAAUAGCCUUGGUUGUAAACAUCUGGCCCUUCAUUGGACACUGUGUUAACAAACCUCCAAACGAGCUUCAACGCCAUACAACACUCCUUCCGUAGCCUCCAACUGCUCUUAAACACUAGUAAAACUAAAUGCAUGCUCUUCAACCGAACGCUGCUUGCACCCGCCCACCCGACUAGAAUCACUACUCUCGGCGGGUCUGACCUAGAGUAUGUGGACAACUACAAAUACCUAGGUAUCUGGUUAGACUGUAAACUCUCCUUCCAGACUCACAUUAAGCAUCUCCAAUCAAAAGUUAGAUCUAGAAUUGGCUUCCUAUUUCGCAACAAAGCCUCCUUCACUCAUGCUGCCAAACAUGCCCUCGUAAAACUGACUAUCCUACCGAUCCUUGACUUCGGCGAUGUCAUUUACAAAAUAGCCUCCAACACUCUACUCAGCAAAUUGGAUGUAGUCUAUCACAGUGCCAUCCAUUUUGUCACCAAAGCCCCAUAUACUACCCACCAUUGUGACCUCUACGCUCUUGUUGGCUGGCCCUCACUACAUAUUCGUCACCAAACCCACUGGCUCCAGGUCAUCUAUAAAUCACUGCUAGGCAAAUCCCCGUCUUAUCUUAGCUCACUGGUCACCAUAACAACACCCACCCGUAGUCUGCGCUCCAGCAGGUAUAUCUCACUGAUCAUUCCCAAAGCCAACACCUCCUUUGGCCGCCAUUCCUUCCAGUUCUCUGCUGCCAAUGACUGGAACGAACUGCAAAAUCUCUGAAGCUGGAGACUCUUAUCUCCCUCACUAACUUUAAGCGUCAGUUGUCAGAGCAGCUUACCGAUCACUGCAUCUGUACACAGCCAUUCUGAAAUUAUCCCACCCAACUACCUCAUCCCCAUAUUGUUAUUUAUUUUGCUAAUUUGCACCCCAGUAUCUCUAUUUGCACAUCAUCUUUUGCACAUCUAUCAUUCCAGUGUUAAUAAGAAAUUGUAACUAUUUUGCACUAUGGCCUAUUUAUUGCCUUACCUCCAUAACUUACUAUAUUUGCACACACUGUAUAUAUAUUUUCUGUUGUAUUUUUGACUUUAUGUUUCGUUUACCCCAUAUGUAACUCUUUGUUGUUGUUUUUAUCGCACUGCUUUGCUUUAUCUUGGCCAGGUCACAGUUGUAAAUGAGAACUUGUUCUCAAUUGGCUUACCUGGUUAAAUAAAGGUGAAAUAAAAAAAUAUAAAACACUAAGUUGAUGGUGCCUUUAAACAGCUUGGAAAAUGCAAGAAAAUGAUGUCAUGUAAACUUCCGACUUCAACUGUAUGUUUUCUAAAGAUCAUGUUUAAUUGAUUUGAUAAUAUUGGUAUAGAACCACCAACAUUUGCGAAUAAGAUUGAAACCAUUACAGCAAUAUUGGGAGAUUCUGUGAAACUCCAGGGCACAUUGAAAGGCUCACCCCGCAUUGCACUCAAAUGGAUGAGGGACACUGAAAUGUUGAGAGAUGAUGAUCCAAAUAUCAAAAUGACAUUUGAGAACAACAUUGCUAUUCUGUCAAUAACGACUGUUGCCAUUAGCCAUGGCGGCAAGUACACUUGCCAAGCAGAGAAUGGGGCUGGACAAAACAAAUAUGAAGCCACUCUAACAGUUCAAGGUUGGAUAACAACUAUUGAAACAUUUAUAUAAAACAUAUACAUAUGUAUCAAUGUGUAACAUUUACACACAUAAUACUCUUGUGACAACUAAAUCUAAUUCAUUUUACUUUAUUGUAGAACCUGCUAGAAUCUUAGAGAAAGCAGAAUCCAUCAACGUGACUUCAGGGGAAUCUGCAACCUUGGAAUGCAAAAUCGCUGGAAGCCCAGAACUUAAAGUGAAAUGGUUCCAUGAUGGAAAGGAGAUGAAAGGGAGUCGAAAAUAUAAAAUCACUCUAAAAGAUAAUAUUGCCAUCUUAAAGAUUAUUGCGGCUGAAAAAGCAGACUCUUCCGAAUACACAAUGGAAGUGUCCAACCGUGUUGGAAAGGACCAGUGCUCAUGCUCUAUUACUGUGCUGGGUUAGCUUUUCUUCUUUUAAAGGUUAUUUUAAAGGUUUGUUUUCAUGAAAUGUAUUUUAACUUGCAAUGUGCAGUAUGAAGUAACAUUUUCUUUCCAACAAACAGAUCGUAUCAUACUACCCUCUUUCACAAAAUCUCUGAAAAGACUUGAUGGAAUAAUGGGUAACGAUAUUUCAAUGGAUUGCAAAGUAUCUGGAUCCCAGCCUAUUAUUCUGUCUUGGUUCAAAGACGAGAAAGAGAUUAAGUCUGGAUAUAGAUAUCUACCUGAAAUCAAAGACAACUCAGCUGCACUGAAAAUUAACAAAUUGGAAAAGGUUGAUGUUGGAGUGUACACAUGCCGGGCAACAAAUUCUGCAGGAUCUAAAGAAAGCAGUGGAAUCUUAUAUGUCAAAGGUUUAUAAAGCUUUAGUCAUUUUCUAGCCAUAUGUCACACUCACACUUCCAAUUGCAGUAGGCCUAUCACAUUUUCUUGGGAUAAUAUCCUGAUGAAAAAUAAAUAUUUUCUUCUUCUUAAUGAAUUGUAGAACCUCCAGUUUUCACAUUGAAAUCUGACAACCAAGACGUUGUACCAGGAUCUACCAUUGUCUUGAAAUCUGCUUUCACUGGAAUAGCUCCUUUUACGAUUAAGUGGUUCAGAGAGGACAAGGAGAUAUCAAGUGGAGGCACAUUUUUUAUCAAGAAGGGGACCUACUCAAGUUUUUUGGAACUUCACUCAGUAAAACCCACCGACUCGGCUAACUACACAUGCCAAGUGGCCAAUGACGCUGGAAAGGUGGCAUGCACGGCUGUCUUGUUUGUGAAAGGUGCCCUUUCUUCUUAUACAUCCCCUGCUCAAUAUGCAUUUGUUGUUCUUGUAUCAAUGUUUGUUAACUUGUCUGAUAAUCAAUGUCAAACUCUUUUUUAGAACCUCCAAUGUUUGUGAUGAAGCUUGAGUCUACGAAACUAGUAGUGAAAGGAAGUGCUGUAAAGCUGGAGCGUAAAGCAACCGGCACCCCUGAGAUCAGUUUUAAGUGGUUCAAGAACGAGAUUGAGAUGAGACAAAAUGAGAAAUACAAAAUGGCUGUUAACAACUCAGUUGCCUCACUGGAGAUUGUCAACUGCUCUGUUGAUGAUAGUGGAGAUUAUGUUUGUGUAGCAUCAAGUGAUGCUGGUAGUGACCGCUGCAGCAGCACAGUUACAGUUAAAGGUUUGUUGAGUAUUCUGCUUACUGAGUUUUUUAGAUUAAUAACAUUUUAUUUCAAGAUUGUAUUCUGACUUGAUUGCCAUCUUCUUUUAGAACCUCCAAUAUUUACGAGGACCUUUGAAUCCAUAGAAGUUAUCAAAGCGUCUAAUAUUAUGUUGGAAGGACAGCUUGCAGGCUCCGCUCCAUUCAACACAUCUUUUUACAAAACCUCAAAGGCGAUCCGAAAUGAUAAAAGACACAAGAUAGUCUUAAAGGAUGACAUAGUUACCCUCCAAAUGUUGGCAUUUGAAGCCGGAGAGGCUGGAAAAUAUCAGUGUACAGUAGAAAAUGAAGUUGGGAAGUCAUCUUGUGAUCGUGAAAUAACACUGGAAGGUUGGUGUGAAAACCUUACAUUUAAAUAUAUUUAUCUGUUAAUUUCGGUAUACUUUCAGUUAAAAUGUUGUAUGCUUUUCCACCUUUAGAACCUCCAUCGUUUGCACAAAAGAUAGAGAAUAUGAAUUCCCUAGUUGGCAGUGAGAUUUCUAUGCAGUGUACUCUGAAAGGAUCGUUACCUAUGACUGUGUCAUGGCUGAAGGAUGACCAUGAGGUCAAAGAUGGUGAACAUACGCAGAUGUCCUUUGAAGACAGGACAGCACUGCUGCGAAUUUUUAAUAUUCAAACAAAACAUGCUAGGAAAUAUAUUUGUCAGGCCAAAAAUGAAGCUGGCAGCCAGAAAUGCUCUGUGUUAUUGGUAGUCAAAGGUUGGUUGACAUUUAUGAGGACAUUUUUCAAAUUGCGAUUGGUUUGGAUUUUAUAGAUGUUGAAAACUCAUUGUUUAAUGUUAUAUUUAUCACAGAACUAGCAAAUAUCACUGAACAGGCAAAAUCUGUCAGCGUUACAAUGUGGGACCCUGCUACACUUCAGUGCAGGUUCUCAGGAACCAAGGUCCUCAAAGCCAAAUGGCUGAAGGAUGGAAGCGAGCUGACAUCAGGUCAAAGAUACAAAGUGCAAAGCACAGAUAAGAGCUCUGUACUAAAUAUUCUCCGUACAGAGAAAAGCAAUAGUGGAGAUUACACCUUUGAGCUUUCCAAUGACGUUGGAAGCAGUACUUGUGAAGCCACAGUUUCUGUCCUAGGUCAGCAAAUUUUUAAAUAUUUUAUUCAAUAUGUUGAACUUUUUGUACAGGUAUACCUGUUUUGACAGUAUUCUCAUUACUUUAUUUUUAUGCUAGAUCAAAUCAUGAAACCAUCGUUCACAAGAAAACUGAAGGAAACAGAGAGUAUCAAAGGAUAA